AUUUUUAAGCUGAUAUGUAUGUGGUCGAGUUCUUUUUAUUAAAUCUCUCAUCUUUGAAAGUAUGUGACAUGUAAAGAACUGAAGCAAACAUAAUUAUGUCUACACGAUCGUCAUGUAUGAAGUCUUAUUUCUAAAACGGGUGUGACAUGUAAAGAACUAAAGCAAGCUUAAUUUGGACGACGAGUUCGUCAGAUAUGACGUCUUACUUCUAAAACAAAGAUGGAAUCUAAAGGAACAAGAAAUCUGUCUUACAUUCAGCAAAUAAUCAAUGUUUUACAAACAAAACUUGCUCAAUUUUUCAUCAAAGAAUGGAACUCUCGUUACAAAUCAAUACAUGGAGAAUGGGACGAUACCAAAAAUAGUGGCAAAAAAUUUUGUACUUUAGAAUCAGGUAAGAAGUUGGAUGAAAAACUACAGUUAAAAUAUCAAGAUGGAGACACCAGUAAGUGGGGCUGCACAACAUUAUUUGAUGCUAUACUUUAUUCAAAUUCAAUUGGAAAGCCUCUUGACAAAAAAACAAAGGAUGCUGUUCUUGCACUUCGUGGUGAAAGAAACAAUUACGCACAUUGGUAUGAAGGGGAAUGCUCAGAUGAUGAUUUUGAUAAAAUAGUCAAUAUCAUUGAAAAAUCAUUUCAAGAUUUGAAAUUUUCUCUCGAUGAAAUCAUUGAAAUAAAAAAUCAUCGAAACAGUUUUAAUUCGUUCCAAGUUCUUCCUUCAAAACCUAAUAAUUUUAUCGUUGAACGCACCGAAUUACGAGAUAAAAUUAUAAAAGAUCUUGAAAAAUUAAGGAAUGAUAACAAUGAUAAACUGACAUACUUUUACAUCACUGGUAAUCCUGGCAGUGGUAAAUCGCAACUUGCAAGACAGGUUUGUGAAAACAUAUCGUGUGAUUGGAAAAAUAGAACUUCGUUUGUAAUGACUCUCGAUGGAAAAAAUGAAGAAUCUCUUUUAAAAAGUUACUGUGAACUUGGAUACCGUUUAAACUGUGACAAGUAUAUGAUUAAAAAAUUUGAAGAUGAAAAUUGUUCCAUCGCAGACAAAGUGAAGAAUUUGCGAUCGUUAGUAUCCACACGAUUAAAAUUCUGGCAAAAUUGGUUGAUCAUUGUAGACAACGUGGUACAGCUCAGUAAAAUUCCUUCGUUACUUCCCCAAGUAGGUGAUCCCAUGUGGAUAAAUGGACAAAUCAUAGUAACUAUCCAGAACACAUAUGCCGUACCACAAGACAACAAGUUUAACAAACAUAUUUCUAUCAGAAGUGGAAUGAAUGAUAGGGAAUGUUUUCAACUGUUGAAGCAUUACAUUAUUGAAAAUGAACAAGCUGAUGAUCAAUUGUUGAAUGAAGUAUCACACGUAUUAGAUCGUCAACCACUGGCUUUGGCUGCUGCUGGUUUUUAUGUCAGUCGUGUAAACAAAGCAAACUGCUCGUUUACUUGGAGACAAUAUUUAAAGAAUAUGUCUUCAGAAGAAGAAGAAAACAUGAACACCACUUUUGUUAAAUUUAACUCGGUGUAUCCUAGAAGUAUGUUACAAGCUUCACUUUUAGCUGUCAGACAAAAUGCUGAAGAAUCCUCAAUAUUGGCAAAUGUUGUUAACUUUUUUUCCGUGAUAUCGUUUGAUCCUAUACCACGAGACAUUAUUGCUUUUUAUGUUCAAGAAAUUGAUUCCAAACAUUCAAAGGAAGAAAUAUGUCUUUAUUUAAAGGACUGCUCAUUGUUCUUGCAUUCAGAAAAUAAUGACAUUAGUCUCCAUCGCAUUGUUCACAAAGCAAUUGUUGUUUAUCAAUCUGAACAUUCAAAAGAAGAAAAUGAAAUGGAAACUAUCGUUGAUCAAAUAUGUAAAGCACUUUACAUGUUUAAAGAAAGAAACGACGAAAUCAAAUUAAUGCCACAUCUUGAAAAAAUUGUUCAAUUAUUAAAGACCAACAAGACAAAAAUCAACAUGAAUACUUUAGAAGUUUUCGAAUAUUUUGUUGAGAGAUUAAGACAUUUUGGAAAGUACAAUCUUGCUCUUGAACUAUUGGAUACAUUUAAAUCAGAAGAACGUUGUUAUAACAAAGCUUGGUAUUUUAGUAUCCUCGGUGUUUUAUACCAUGACACCGGGAAAUAUAGCAACGCUAAAAAUCAUCUUGAAAAGGCUCUGGAAAUUCGAAAACAAUCGUUAGGUCCAAAUCAUGUUGAUGUCGCUACGUCUUUAAGCAAUCUUGGUUUAAUACUUGAUGAAACUGGAAACUACGACAAAGCUAUAGAGGCUCACGAAAAAGCUCUAGAAAUUCGAAAACAAUCGUUAGGUCCAAAUCAUGUUGAUGUCGCUGCGUCUUUAAACAAUCUUGGUUUGGUGCUUAAAAAAACUGGAAACUACGACAAAGCUAAAGAUUGUCACAAAAAAGCUCUGAAAAUUCGAGAACGAUCGUUAGGUCCAAAUCAUGUUGAUGUUGCUGGGUCUUUAAACAAUCUUGGUAUGGUGUUUGAUGAAACUGGAAAUAACGACAAAGCUAUAGAGUUUUACGAAAAAGCUCUGGAAAUUCGAAAACAAUUGUUAGGUCCAAAUCAUGUUGAUGUCGCUUCAUGUUUAAAUAAUCUUGGUACGGUGUUUGCUGAAACUGGAAACUACGACAAAGCUAAAGAGUUUUGCCAAAAUGCUCUGGAAAUUCGAAAGCAAUCGUUAGGUCCAAAUCAUGUUGUUGUCGCUGCGUCUUUAGUCAGUCUUGGUGUGGUGUUGCAUAAAACUGGAAAGUACGACAAAGCUAAAGAGUUUUACGAAAAAGCUCUGGAAAUUCAAAAACAAUCGUUAGGUCCAAAUCAUGUUGAUCUCGCAAUGUCGUUAAACAAUCUUGGUUCUGUGUAUGAGGAAACUGGAAACUACGACAAAGCUAAAGAGUUUUACGAAAAAGCUCUGGAAAUUCAAAAACAAUCGUUAGGUCCAAAUCAUGUUGAUGUCGCUGCGCUUUUAAACAAUCUUGGUAAUGUGUUUAAAAAAACUGGAAACUACGACAAAGCUAUAGAGUUGUAUGAAAAAGCUCUAGAAAUUACAAAACAAUCGUUAGGUCCAAAUCAUGUUGAUGUCGCUAUGUGUUUAAACAAUCUUGGUACGGUGUUUGAAAAAACUAGAAACUACCACAAAGCUUUAGAGGUUCACAAAAAAGCUCUGAAAAUUCACAAACAAUCGUUAGGUCCAAAUCAUGUUCGUGUCGCUAAUUCUUUAAACAAUCUUGGUGUGGUGUUUUAUGAAACUGGAAAGUACGACAAGGCUAAAGAGUUUCUUGAAAAAGCUCUGGAAAUUCGACAACAAUCGUUAGGUCCAAUUCAUGUUGAUGUCGCUGCGUCUUUAGAAAAUCUUGUUAUAUUGUUUAGAACAACUGGAAACUACGACAAAGCUAUAGAGUUUCACGAAAAAGCUAAGGAAAUUCGCAAGAAAAACGUUAGGAACUAGUCUGGUUGGUGUCGUUAAGUCUUUUAAAUAAUCUAGGUGUGAUGUAUUAUGAAACUCAGGAAUAUAUCAAUACUUUACAGUUACGCUUAGGUAGCUACAUGUUUCAAAGGAAACUGUGCCUUCCAAGUUAUGUUAUGCCUAUUUUUAACACAUAGACAGUAGGAGCAAGGCUUCCAUCUUCCAAGUCAACUCCCCUCUUUCUCAGAAGGUAUUUUUGGUACUGAACAAAACGUUUGCAGUUUGUAUUUUGUGAGGUAAAAUGAACCUAAACAUGUAAUGGUCCUUGUCUAUAUGUAGUUUCACUAAUAUCUAGUCAAUAAACUUACUCUACAGCCCAGGAAUCAUCCUAAGUAGAACUUAGAACUGCCUAUGCCCUGAAUCUGACAUUCUCCUUAAGACUUUAUUUCUAAAGUAAUUUGUUUCUAUGUUAUAACCAAGUAGUAAUUUUUAUUUUAUGAUUCACAAACAUACCAAAGUAUAUUGGGAUGACACAAUUUUAUGACAUAAUUUUUGUUAAAUAAAUACUAUCCUGUUACUUUUUCA